GGCUUUGGAGAGCCGUCUGGGAACACUGGCUCGGAAUGAGAUCAUCCACAAGCUGACCAGCUCCCAGGAAUACAGCCUGCAUGUGCAGCUAAAAGACAGAGAGGGGAACGAAGCUUUCUCACAUUACGAUCGCUUCUACACAGACGGAGAGGACAACAACUACAGCCUCCAUGCCGAGGGCUUCAGUGGCACUGCUGGACGGACCAGCAGCCUCACCCACACUGGCACCCAGUUCAGCACCAAGGACAGAGACAACGACAGCUGCACCUGCAAGUGUGCCCAGCUCGCAUCUGGAGGUUGGUGGUUCGAGGCUUGCGGCCCAUCCAACCUGAACGGCAUCUAUUACCCCAGCUCGUCCAGUGUGGUUCGCUACAACGGCAUCAAGUGGUACUAUUGGAAGGGUCCAAAUCUGAUGGCAACCACGACAACCAUGAUGGUGCGGCCGGCAAACUUCUGACGACACUGGCUCUUUCAUGAUGUCAGAUUAUAAAGUGAAUGUCGCCUCUGAUGAAUAUACUGACCAAUACUCAAUAG